AUGGGGCUUCUCUCUAUCAUCAAGAAGACGAAGCGUAAGGAGCGGGAAAUGCGCAUCCUUAUGCUAGGCCUGGACAACGCCGGGAAAACUACGUGCGUCAAAAAGUUCUGCGGGAAGGACACGAGCUCGAUUAGCCCCACUUUAGGCUUCCAGAUUACUGCUCUGACGUUUCGAGGGUGCACACUGAACGUGUGGGAUGUGGGUGGCCAGCAAAGCCUGCGCAGCUACUGGCGCAACUACUUUGAAAGCACGGAUGGUCUUGUGUGGGUGGUCGACAGCAAUGAUGUGGAGAGACUGCUAAUGUGCAAGGAGGAGCUGCAUCACCUCCUGCAAGAGGAGCGACUAGCCGGAGCAAGUUUGCUCAUCUUCCUCAAUAAGAUUGACAUCCCCACUGCGUUAUCACCGCAGGAAAUUGCCCGGCUGCUUGAUGUAGACACGAUUCGACAAGGCAAGCGCCAUGUACACCUCUGCGCGUGUAGUGCCACAACCGGUGAGGGGUUGCUAGAUGGCAUUUCAUGGAUGGUAGACGACGUGUCAAAGCGCAUGUACUUCUCAAGCUAG